AUGGAGCUGCCCCUUGUCCUGCUGCUUCUGCUCGGCUGUGCUUCGGUGUCUGUCAAGGGACACGCCUCCGAUUUACCGUCGGGUAUCCAAAGAUGCGAGAUCAAGGACCAGAAUUGCGUGAAGGACGGUGUCAACUAUGUGCUAAAGAACUUUGCUGAGACCGGCAUUAAGGAUCUGGGCCUGGGCCCACUGGAUCCACUGCGUGUAACCAAGUUUAAAAUCGGACGUAAUCCCAACAGCCCGGUUAAUAUUGAUCUGAGCUUCCACGAUGUGGAUAUUCUGGGUCUCCAUCUGGGAAAUGCCAAGCAAGUAAGUGGCUUCACGCCCGACCUCAGCCGUAACAUUGAGCUGAUCAUGGAUGUGCCCGAAAUUAUCGUCAAAGGACCCUACGCCGUUGACGGCCGAGUACUAAUCCUGCCCAUUGUGGGCAAGGGCAGGGCCGAGAUCCGACUGAAGCACUGCAAGAUUCGGGCCCAGAUCAAGUUCAAGACCGUUUCCAAGGGCGAGCACCAGACCUUUGGCGAGGUCGUAAGCGCCAUUGUGGAUAUCGAUCCCUCUCAUGUGACCUACCAUCUGGAAGGACUUUUCAACGGCCAAAAGGAGCUGAGCGACAACAUGCAUGUCCUCAUCAACGAGAACUGGAAAGAGAUAUUCAGCGAACUGAGGCCGAGCAUUGGAGAGGCCUUCGGGCUGAUCACCAAAACAGUGCUGGGCAGGAUCUUUGGCAAGGUGCCGCUGGAGCAGCUGUUCGUGCUAUAA